AUUGUAUAUUUCGCCAAUCGGUGGGAGUUAAAAUGUUUUAUCAAUUACGUACAUUCUUUGCUAUCUUUAUAAAUAAAAAUGGAUUAUUAAUGGUUUAGAUGGAGGCAUAUAUAUGGAAAAUAAUUCAUGGUCAAGUUUAAAAGACGAUGUUUGAUUACGAAAAAUCAGUUGAAUAUUAUCCUUUUUUCAUAAGGUGCAUUAGUUCGUUUGCUGCUGGAUUUUUUUUUAUUAUACUAUCUAAACAGUACGCACCAGAAUGGCUUACUAAAGUAAAUUGUAGAAUAUUACAGUAUUUACUGAAUAUCAUUUUACAUUUCACUUCUUGGAAUUCUUAUCUUAAAUCGAAAAUCGAUGAAAAUGAUGCAAACCGUGAUUUGUUAGAAAAAGAAAUUGACUCAAUUGUUGACAAAGUUUUGUUACACUAUGUAGAAUCAUGGUAUGGAGAUAUAAGUAAAGAUGAAGAAUUUCUAUUAUCUGUUCGCUCUUACUUUAAUAUCAUUAAAGAACAAGCUCUAAUCAAUAUACAAAAAUUGAACAAGGAAAAAUUAGUCGUAGACUGUAUAACAAUAUUUAGAAGUCAUUUAAAAGACAUUCAAGAGUUGGAUUAUGAUUAUCAAAGAAGCGGUCUUUUAGCCAUUGGAAAUCUAUUGACAAUGUCAAAUCUUGCACCUCCCGCGAUACCUAGUUGUCUUCCAGCCAAAUGGCUACUCAUUCAUAUGUUUGAGAGAAACAUCUUAGAGAUGCUCUUAGAAAAAUUAAGCUCACCAGAUUUCAUAUAUGAAAGUAUUAUUCAAAUUUUAUCUGAUAGAAUAGUCAAAUCAAGUGAAUCAAAAGCUCAAAAGGCGAGAUCGAUCAAAACAAGUCGUCGUGUAAGUUUCUAUGCGGGAAAUGAAAUUGACGAUAAUGAAGAUGAUAUAGAACAUAUUGAAAUGCGAAUGAACGAAGGGGAUGACUUUUCUCUUCCCUCUUCUAUGAAUUCUACGGCUACAAUCAAUUCGGGGGAAGACUAUGAUAAUGAUCAGAGAGACGUCGAAUGUUCUAUUGAAUCUGCUCAAGAGGCUCUGGACGCUUUGCCAGAUGCGCCUAAAGUAGCUUUUGAAGAUGUAUUGAUUGAAGGUACCGAAUUUGUUCAAGAUCAAAACCAUCGUCUCUACGUGUCUUACAAUCUUAGCUACAAGAUGUGGGAACAUGAACCGGAGAGUAGAUCUUGGAAAUUAAAAUCUGGAUUUGUCAAAAGGCGCUACGCUCAAUUUGUUGAAUUGCAGGAGUGUCUAGAGCGGAAAAAGGCUUAUAGAAAAGUUCUGAAAGGUUUAAGAACUCCAAGACGUUGGCCACAUUUUGCCAGUGAUUUAAAGAGUAGUAAACGAUUACAAAAUCGUAUUAAAUAUCUGGGACAUUAUCUAAAAGAAGUUAGCGAAAAUGAAUUGAUUGGCAAUAGUGAAGAGUUAACUUGGUUUCUUUCUCCUUCGUCAUCACCAUCAGUAGCCUAUUUAAGAAAACUAAACGAAAGUCGUAAAUUAGACACUUUCGUUAAUACAGUUUCAGGCGUUAUUGCUAAAUUUAUGCCAAGUAGUGACUUGAAUACAGCAAUAUCAGGCUUACCAUUAGACGGUAGUACAAGUUCGAUUAAGUUGGAUGAUAGACAUGCAGAAUUUUCAUACGACGUAGCAAUUGUAUGGAAGGAAAGAUCAAAUAAUUCGCGUCUUUGUGACCUAAACGAUAUUCUUUGUUCUUAUAUCUGUCACGUUGAUGAGACGUUGGACGGAACUAAUAUAGAAGAUAUUAAUAAAAAUACUAGCACUGACCAUUCUAAUGAAAAGGAUAGUAACGGAAAUUGCAAACUUAGCGAAGCUGUUUUGGAUUUGGCAAUCGAUCUAACAAAGGAUAGUAAACAUUGGUUUACUCAGUACGAAUUCAUGACAUACUUUAGAAACAUAUUUGGGAGCAUACUAAACCAGUUAAGUCUUUUACAUAUAAAUCGUCAAAUUCCAAUGAAUAAUAACAUUGUUUAUCUUUCUAUAUAAAACAUAUAAAGAUAUCUAAUGAAAAAUCUUGAUGAAGUAACGACAACAAAGAAAAUUGCAUAUUAUUUAAAUAUAUUAAAGCGUUCAAUAUGGGAGGAAGAUGAGGAAGAGGAUAAUAGUCAAGAGUAUACUACUUCCGUCAAAUUAGAAGUUGAAAACUGCAUUGUUGAUUUUUUUCCUUAUUAUUUGAAAUUAUUAUUGGGCAGAAAUUAUUUCAAAAAUUGCGUCAGAUAUUUAGUUGAAUCGUUAAACUCUGAAGACUUAAACAGGUGGUAAACUUAUUUUCAAAGCUUAAGUGCCUCCCCCACUCUCUAACAAUAAACUCAUUUUCAGACGUCUAAUAUUCGAUAUAUUUCUUUAUGCAAGCCAGAAAAUAUCAGCCAAAAAGAUGGAAUGUUUAAUUGUCAAAGAAAAAGUCGUCAGAUUUGAUAUAAUUUAAUAUAUAUAUAUAUUUAUAAACAUUUACAUAUGUGUCUUUCAAAUUUAAAUACAUAUAUUUACAAAAUACA